UGCGACCAAUAAGUACAUUCUCAUCAUUGUACCUAAGUCUUGGAGUGAUGCUCACAGCUAUUGUCAGCGACACCACACAGACCUGGCCAGUGUGAGGAACACAACAGAGAUGGACGCCAUCAAGAGUAUCUUACCUGACGUCACUGAUAUCUACAGAGUGUGGAUUGGCCUGAAUAAAUCUCUUGGCGUCUGGAGGUGGUCCGACCAGAGUGGCUCCUCUUUCAAGAGCUGGGAAACAUUCAAGGAAAACAUGGCAGAUGGGAGUUAUCAGGACGGAGAGUUCUGUGGUGAAGUUACUUUCCCUUCUGGAAAGUGGAAAUAUCAGGAUUGUACCACCAACUCUAAUUUUAUCUGCUAUGACGAUGAGCUGGUCCUGGUCUCAGAGAACAAGACGUGGUCAGAAGCCCUGUGGCACUGCAGAGACCUGGACAUGGAGCUGGUGUCUGCCCACAACCAGAGCAUCCAGCACUGGGUCCAACAGAGAGCCAAGAAGGCCUCCACUCCCUUCGUCUGGCUGGGCCUGAGGUACACCUGCACCCUGGACUUCUGGUUCUGGGUCAAUGGAGAAGAGUCCUGCUACCACAACUGGGCCGGCGGGGAGGGCUACGACACCAUUGAGGAGCAGUGUGGGAACACGGGGGCCAUACAGAGAGACGGGGGACAGUGGGUCGGCAAGUCUGAGACUGAGAGAUUCAACUUCAUCUGCAGCAACAGUACUGAUUACUAGAACCAGACCCUGUUCUCUGGACCAGCUGAACACUACAGUCCAACACAUUGUUCCAGACCCUGUUCUGUAGACCAGCUGAACACUACAGCCCAACACAUUGUUCCAGACCCUGCUCUGUAGACCAGCUGAACACUACAGUCCAACACAUUGUUCCAGACCCUGUUCUGUAGACCAGCUGAACACUACAGUCCAGAAUGUUCCAGACCCUGCUCUGUAGACCAGCUGAACACUACAGCCCAACACAUUGUUCCAGACCCUGCUCUGUAGACCAGCUGAACACUACAGUCCAACACAUUGUUCCAGACCCUGUUCUGUGGACCAUCUGAACACUACAGCCCAGAAAGUUCCAGUUAUACUCAGAUUUACAUCAUACAAGGUGACGGAUACAUAUUAUUUUAAAAUAUAUUUGUAUUUAUUUACAGUGAGCUCCAAAAGUAUUGGGACAAAUGUUUAGUUGUUUUGGCUCUCAACUCCAGCACUUUGGAUUUGAAAUGAUUCAGUUUGAAGUGCAAACUGUCAGCUUUAAUUUGAGGGUUUUUUCAUACUGAGUGAACCGUUACAGCUCUUACAGCACUUCUUGUACAUAGUCCCUCCCAUUUUAGGGGACCAAACAUAUCGAGACACAUUUAGUAAUAUGUUUAGCAAGUAGUCAGUUAAGUUUUUGGUCCCAUAUUCAUAGCACAAAAUUAUUACAUCCUGCUUUGGACUUUACAAACCUGUUGGGUGCAUUUGCUGUUUGUUUUGAUUGUUUCAGAUUAUUUUGUUCCCAAAAGAAAUGAAUAGUAAAUAAUGUACAGUGUCAUUUUGGAGUAACGUUUAUUGUAAAUAAGAUUAUGAUAUGUUUUGAAACACUUCUACAUUAACAUAGAUGCUACCAUUAAUACGGAUAAUCUUGAAUCAAUCUUGAAUAUUGUUUGAGUGAGAAAGUUAGACGCACAAAUAUCAUACCCCCAAGACAUGCUAACCUCUCACCAUUACAAUAACAAUGGAGUUUAGCAUUUUUAAGGGGUAUGAAAUGUAUGCCUCCAAUUUCUUGACAAUAAUUCUUGUACGAAGAAUUAUCGAACCCAGGCGCAGAGAAACACCGCAAGCAGAGGUAGGGGUAAAUCAAGAACUUUACUUUGAGUUUUCAAAUAAACAAGGUAACAGCACAAGGGCAUUCUAACAAGACAUGAGACCUAAGCAAGGAUCCAGAAACCUGAAUAGCAGGGCAACCAAGUGAACAGAGAGGGUAAUUAAACCCAGGUGAAACCAAUCAGAAAUAAUAGAAAACAAGGUACGGGUGCCCUCCAGCAGUAACCAAAGGAAACAACACUCAAAAGAACAGAAACUGGGGGCCUCCCGGGUGGCGCAGUGGUCUAGGGCACUGCAUUGCAGUGCUAGCUGCACCACCAGAGUCUCUGGGUUCGCGCCCAGGCUCUAUCGCAGCCGGCCGCGACCGGGAGGUCCGUGGGGCAACGCACAAUUGGCAUAGCGUUGUCCGGGUUAGGGAGGGUUUGGCCGGUAGGGAUAUCCUUGUCUCAUUGCGCUCCAGCGACUCCUGUGGCGGGCCGGGCGCAGUGAGCGCUAACCAAGGGGGCCGGGUACGCGGUGUUUCCUCCGACACAUUUGUGUGGCUGGCUUCCGGGUUGGAGGCACGCUGUGUUAAGAAGCAGUGCGGCUUGGUUGGGUUGUGCUUCGGAGGACGCAUGACUUUCGACCUUCUUCUCUCCUGAGCCCGUACGGGGGUUGUAGCGAUGAGACAAGAUAGUAAUUACUAGCGAUUGGAUAACACGAAAAUGGGAUAAAAAUAGAAAAAAAAAGAACAGAAACUAUUUGAUGUCCUCAUUGAGUGCUAUGAAAAUGGGAUCAAACACUUAACAUUUUACUACUUCAAAUACAACCUCUGAGGGCUAGGUGUUCGGAAGUUCGGAUGAAUGACGUGCCCAAUAUAAACGGCCUGUUACUCAGGCCCAGAAGCUAGGAUAGGCAUAUAUAAUUGGUAGCAUUGAAUAGAAAACACUCUGUCGUUUCUAAAACUGUUAAAAUAAUGUCUGUGAGUAUAACAGAACUGAUAUGGCAGGCGAAAACCAGAGGAUAAUCCAUCCGUAAAAAAAAAAAUAUUGAGGUCACAGUCCAUUUCAAUGCUUGUCUACGGGAUAUACAAAUGAAUAGCUCCCAGAUUGCAGUUCGUAUGUCUUUAGAAAGGAUUUCAGGCUUGUUGUUUGAAAAAUGAGCGAGUAUUUGUAGUUUUUCCAAGGUGUCUCUUAUUAGAAAUGUAGUCUUGUUCCGUGAGUGAAUGAGGUGCGCGCUCUUCGUUAUUUAUCUUCCCUAUUGAACAUUGUAUUCUCCAUCUUAAAAUAGAACAUUUAUUUUGAUAUUAGAGUACCAUUGUGGAAAUUACCAUAUUUAAUAUUACAAUUUUGUAAUUUGAAUUUGGCGUGCUCCAGCGUCACCGGAGGAUGUUGAUUUUGAUCCUGUUAACGGGAUCCGUGCACUAAGAGGUCCACAUGGAAGUUAAUUUUCCCAAAUACAUUUGACCCCUAAAAUGGGGAGACUAUGUACAAAAAGUGUGGUUCACCCAAUAUGGAUGAAAAUACUGACUGUCUGCACUUUAACCUCAUAGUCAUUGUAUUAUUUAAGAUCCAAAGUGCUGGAGUACAGAGCCAGAAGAACACACAUAGUGUCACUGUCCCGAUACUGUUGGAGCUACUGGAAAUACAACAUAGAGAUACAUAGAGCUCUCUAAAUAAAACAUAGAGCUCACUGGAAAUAAAACAUAGAGCUACAUAGAGCUCUCUGGAUAGAAAACAUAGAGCUACAUAGAGCUCUCUGGAUAGAAAACAUAGAGCUACAUAGAAAUCUCUGGAUAUAAAACAUAGAGUUACAUAGAGCUCACUGGAUUAUUGUGACAUGUUUUCAAUAUUUGUAUAUUUUAACAUGUUAUUUGAUUUUAUAACAUUUUGCUGUUGUUUUAUUACUGGUUGGUAAUAAACCCGCCUAAAUGUACUAAAUAUCUAGACUAACCUCUACCCUGCACAUUGACUCGGUACAGGAACACCUUGUAUAUAGCCUCGUUAUUGUUAUUUUUAUUGUGUUACUUUUUACUCUUAUUUUACUAUUUUUGCUUUAGUUUAUUUAGUAAAUAUUUUCUUAACUUUAUCUUGAACUCUUAUUUGAUAUUAAAUAAGGAGAUGAACACAGGAUUUUAUAAUGACAUGUUUUAUGUUAUACUCUUGUAAUAUUAUCAUACCACACUGUUGUUUUCAUAUUUACUUACUAUACUUGUUGAUGUUAUUGAAUGUUAAACGUUAACUUUAAGUUGUUCUCAAUAUUCAGUUGUUUUAUUUAUUUUUGAUUAAUAUAGUAAGUAAAUAUGGAAACAAUGACAGUAUGGUAUGAUAACAACACAUUACAAGAGUAUAAUAUAAGUUUAUAAGUAUAAUAAAUGUAUAUAAGUAUAUACGUGUACUUUAAGUAUAAUAUGUUGAUGUUAAUGAAUGUUAAAGGUGAACUUUUAGUAGGUCUGAACACUCCGUUGUUUUAUUUAUUUUCUAUUGCAACUUGCUGUUACUGUUUCCAGAGUCUAUUUCACUCAUUCAUUAUUUUAUCUAGACCGUUAAUUGCUUUCCAUUACAAAAAUAUUUUAAGGUCUUUUGAGUUGUUCUAAGUUGUUUUAAAUAUAUUGUACCAACAAGUCAUUUUUCUAUGAUACUAGUGUGUAACAUUUAAAUGAUUGUAUCUGUUCUGGUGUUGGUGGUGGAGUCUUCAUUUAAAGGGGCAAUCUGUGACACGGGCAUCCGUUUUAGAAUUUUUAAUCAACGUAUGUUCAUUCUUGAAGUAUAUGACUUAUAAAUCUCUCAUGAGCUUAAUUCAGAUGUCAUUUCCCAUCAGAACCCAACAUAUAAACUUGUUUUAUUCUAUUGUUUGUAAACUAUGUAAUUGUAAACAAACACUGUUUAGCCUCAAAAACAUAGUUUAAACUAUAAUGUUGAUAUCAUGGAUGGUCAUCCUGUAUAAUCUCAGAAACAUAGUUUAAACUAUAAUGUUGAUAUCAUGGAUGGUCAUCCUGUAUAGUCUCAGAAACAUAGUUUAAACUAUAAUGUUGAUAUCAUGGAUGGUCAUCCUGUAUAGUCUCAGAAACAUAGUUUAAACUAUAAUGUUGAUAUCAUGGAUGGUCAUCCUGUAUAGUCUCAGAAACAUAGUUUAAACUAUAAUGUUGAUAUCAUGGAUAGUCAUCCUGUAUAGUCUCAGAAACAUAGUUUAAACUAUAAUGUUGAUAUCAUGGUUGGUCAUCCUGUUUAGUCUCAGAAACAUAGUUUAAACUAUAAUGUUGAUAUCAUGGAUGGUCAUCCUGUUUAGUCUCAGAAACAUAGUUUAAACUAUAAUGUUGAUAUCAUGGAUAGUCAUCCUGUAUAGUCUCAGAAACAUAGUUUAAACUAUAAUGUUGAUAUCAUGGUUGGUCAUCCUGUUUAGUCUCAGAAACAUAGUUUAAACUAUAAUGUUGAUAUCAUGGAUGGUCAUCCUGUUUAGUCUCAGAAACAUAGUUUAAACUAUAAUGUUGAUAUCAUGGAUAGUCAUCCUGUAUAGUCUCAGAAACAUAGUUUAAACUAUAAUGUUGAUAUCAUGGAUAGUCACCCUGUUUAGUCUCAGAAACAUAGUUUAAACUAUAAUGUUGAUAUCAUGGAUGGUCAUCCUGUUUAGUCUCAGAAACAUAGUUUAAACUAUAAUGUUGAUAUCAUGGAUGGUCUGUCCUUUUAUAUGUUGUUCUGUCUGUUAAUUUGAGAGUGGUUACAUUGCUCUAUCUCCAUCCUAAAGAUUUUCCCAAAACAGUGGUGGGGUUUACACUUUGUUAUUGAUUGAACUGCAGAUUGCCCCUUUCACUAUUUGACAAUGGUACAUUCAUCCUUUACAGAGUCAAAAAAUCAAUAAAGUUAUGAAAAGGCC